CCGUAUCUAUCUGUUCAUUUCACCAUGUCUCUUACACUGUCAGUCAUUCUGGCAUGCGCCGGACUCGUUCUGGGAUCCGUCCAUCCCCCAGCAUAUGGCCAUCACCCACAACCCGCUUAUGGUCAUCAUGCACCUGCUUACGGUCAUCAUGUACCAGCUUAUGACCACCAGCAUGCCUAUGAGCACGGUUACUGCGACCCAACAGUUGCCCCAGCAUGCGCUGCCAACUCUACUCUCUCCUACUGCCUGGAAGACACUGAGUAUCCCGAGUACGAGAUCAAGGCUGCCAUCACUGCGGAUCAUCUGUUCGCCAAGAAGUACGCUGACGUCGCUGACCAGUCUGCUGAUGACCUGGUAGACAUGGUUAGCAAGGACCAGGAGGAGGCCUUCGACUACUCUUACUACACUGGGGCCUCCACUGGGGACUCUCCCUACGAUACCACUCACUGGGGUGGUCCUGAGGGUUACAUCUGUCCCUCCGAUGUGGUGUAUGCCAUGCCUAAACGUGCCCAGAAUGUGGACGGCAAGUGGCGUGUGAUUGUCAACGAUGUUCACUAUUACAGCCAGACUGCUCGUCUCGAGACUUGUCUGUUCCCAGAGUCUGCUUGCCGAGCUCUUGCUCCUUGCUACCAGAGUCACUGCACCCAGAAGUCAGUGUACCACCGACUCCUCUCCUUCGAUCCAUGUGACCCCUACAAGGGCCUCUUCAUCGACAUCUACAAGAUGCCAUCUGCCUGCUCCUGUCACCUCCCCGCUUAAAACGCCACCACAGUGCUCCUCACCGAAUCGCCUCUUCGCACGCCAUCUAACACCCCAUGGCCUCUCGGAACCACCGACAUCCCCUGUUAGCGGAAGAGAACGCCCCAUGUGAAUGGAGAACUGCUUUCUUCACGCAUCACCACUAGUCGUGCCAGGAACCGCCUGUUGAUCUCUUUCUCUCCUCUUCCGCCAUGUAAAAGAAGCGAGACGUCCAUUAUAAUAUUUUUAUAAACAAGUUUAUUUUUGAACAUA